UAAAUGUUAGUAAAAAGGCUGAGAUCAUCAGUUUGAGAAUUUCGUUUAGCAAAUUCGUCAUUCAAAUACACAUUAUUUCUUGGACAUGUAUUCUGGCAAGUACGUUCGGGAGUUUUUUGCUAUGGUUCUUAUGAUUGAAUCGACGGUGUGUGACAUGAAUGAACCGCGAUGUUACAGCCGGUUUGACUACGAGGAGAAAAUGUUGGAGAAAAUGGUGAGAGCUGAGAUCAAGAAUGAGGAACUUCUCGGUAAACUAGAAGUGCUCGAAAAUCGACUGACGAACGUUGAAACUGGGGUGGACAAUUCGGUAGAGAAAAUACACAUUCUUGAAAAGAAACACGAUACCGAAAAAGAGCAGAGAAAGAAAGGGGUACACGAUCUAGAAAAGGCAAACGAAAGUUUGCACACUUUGUUGGAAAAGUUUGAAAACACGACAAAGUCUUAUUUCGACAGGCAAAAGAAAUCCCUUGAGGUAUACGAACAACGUCUAGACGCUAUUUCCAGGAAUUUUACAGAGAGUGUGCAUCAAUCUCCUGUUGCCUUCUUCGCCACCCUGUCGUCCGGUUUUACAACAUCCACCUCCUCUCAAACGAUCGUAUUCAACAACUUUGUCACAGACGUUGGCGGGGGCUACAACCCAGGGACAGGCGUGUUCACUGCCCCGGUCGACGGUCUAUACGUAUUCUCAGCUUCUGUCAUGGUUGCCCUGUCCACGUCGACGAUCUACGCCCACAUUAGCAUGGACAAGAACGGCAGUCAAGUAGUGUACCUCUAUGUCACGGACAGUGACGGUAGUUACGAGACAGGCGUGGGCACUGUCAUUCUUUCGCUGCAGGUCGGGGAUACCGUAAAGUUGGCAUGCACUCAAAGUGGACGAGUCAUUCAUGACUAUUCGUUCAUUUCCGGAUUUAGAUUGUAAUCAGCGCAUGAAUUAGCAUAGAACAUUGAUGUUGAUUGAACUAGCUAUUGUUUUCUGAAAUGUUUACAAUUAAUUUUAUUUCAAUAUACAGGAAUUAUGUUUGGUUCGUACUUCGGAAACUUUCUGAUUGGGUGUCGUUUUUGUCUGUCAAAUAAUAGAUACAACUGAUAAACAAAGUUCAUUGUAUAUCUGCAAACUGAAUUUCAUUUCUCCGUCUGCAGAUAGAGUUGGGAUCACUUAUCAUUGAAGUACUUGGGGCUUACCUAUAAUUUUAUUAUUAUUUGUUUUAUUAUUAAGUUUCCUCAAGUUAAUGCAUACUUUGAUAAGAUUUACCUUUUAUGUUUAAACUUUUGGCUACUGAACUUGUUUCUUCUUUGACAUAAGUAAUGUAUUGUAAAUGUUUAACAUAUAGUACAAAUACAAUACGUAUUACAUUAUUACAUCAAUAUUGUUGGUU